AUGCCCCUCUCUUCUAGCCCGAUUUUAGGGGGUACAUCUACAUCGACAGGAGCCUCGCACGAGAAGAACGAGAAUGGCCUCCACGGUCACGAAGCGGACCCGAACAAGCACCGCGCACAGGAGAGCAUAGGCGCGACGGUUGCGGGAGGAGUCGCCGGACCCAUCGAAAGGGGACAAGAGUACGCGAACGGCUACCAUUUCCCGCCCAAGUACUCGUGGAAGGAGACCAUUGAGCAGGGCCUGGUCGACUUUUGGGCCUUCUACAACACGGGCUUCGGCUUCUUCCUCACGAUAUACUCGCUGAAUGUCGUCGCCUGGGGUGGCAUGCUCUUUCUUCUGCUAUGCAACGCCGCGCCGGCCAUGUGUGCCCCGAACGGCGACUGCAACGACAUCGACUCACCGAGGCGGGUAUGGAUCGAGACCGACUCACAGAUCCUGAACGGACUCUUCUGCGUGACGGGUUUCGGCCUUGCGCCAUGGCGCUUUCGCGACCUCUACCUCCUCCUAAAGUACCGCUUCGGCAAAGACGUCAAGGCUUUGCGUGAGGUGGCUGGUGUUCACCGCGGAUGGUUCAGGUUGCCAGGAUCGGAGGCUCUGCCCGUCCACCUGGGACCCAAGAACAUUGAGGAGACCGACAUACACUAUCCCGAGGAAAGCGUCCCAUAUCCCCUGGAGACGAUCCCUGAAGCGCCGCCAACGGGGAUCAGGGCACCCGCGACCAAGAUGUGGAAGCUGGACUUUGUCAUCUGGUUCAACUUCUCCAACACUCUGCUUCAGGUCGUUCUUUCGUCCUUCAUGUGGGCACUGAAUCGAUACGACCGGCCAAGUUGGUCGACCGGCCUGUUCGUCUGUCUGGCCUGCAUUGCUGCCGCCAUUGCCGGCAUUAUGAUGGGCAUGGGCAGCAAGUUCGUCAAGAGCAUUGAAGGUGUGCCGCUGACCAAGAGGGAUCUUGAGCGUUUGGCCAAGGACAAGGAGUUGGGCAUACCGCACUGGAACAACAUCAGGGACAAGGAUCCCGAAGAGAAGAAGAAUAAGAAAAAGGCCAAGAAGAUUGCCUCGGAUGAGGAGAAGGCAAACUAG